CCGGCUCAGCUCAGUUGCCAACUGGCUAUCGUCUGGAGAGGAUCGCUAUCCGGAACUCCACAAUAAAUCACAAUCUCAAGAUGCUGAAACCCGUAACGACUACUCAUCCCGUGGAGCCCGUGGCGAGCGUUAAAAGGUUUCCACGGGAGCUGCUCUAUUUGUGUGCUAUUUUGAUAAUUUUGGUAUCUUUGGCGGCGGGCUAUUCCCUUUGGAUCAUGACCCACUCGAUGAGUGGCACAAACAAAGCCCUGCACAUACUGGAUCGAAGUGAAUGGCAGGGGGAACCCCCGAGCGGAAAGUACCUGCAUCUUAAGCUGCCCGUUUCCAAUGUAAUUAUCCACCACACGGCCACCGAAGGCUGUGACGAUGAGGAGGUUUGCAUUUAUCGGAUGCAAACUAUACAGGCUUUCCAUAUGAAAUCCCUCGACUGGACCGAUAUUGGCUAUAACUUUCUGGUGGGAGGCGAUGGCCAGAUCUAUGUAGGACGUGGCUGGCACAUACAGGGUCAGCAUGUGCGGGGCUAUGGUGCCAUUUCCAUAAGUAUAGCCUUUAUUGGAACCUUUGUGAAUGUGGAGCCACCAGAGCGACAGAUCGAGGCAGCCAGACGGUUGAUGGAGGAGGGAGUUCGUUUGCAUAAAUUGCAUCCGGAUUAUCACAUAUAUGCUCAUCGCCAGCUGAGUCCCACCGAGAGUCCUGGACAGAAGCUGUACGAACUGAUGAAGCAUUGGCCGCGGUUUACAAAGGAUAUUACUUCAUUGCGUCUUCUGAGCAAUGAAACCCUUAAGUUCGUGACUCGUCCAUACUGGCUUGCCCAGCCCCCUACAAAGCCACUGGCUCCUUUGAAACGUCCUGUCAAAAGCGUCAGAUUCGUGUCCACCAAUACUGACGUUUGUGUCACCCAAGCUGCGUGUGUCUUCCAAGUUCGAUUGCUUCAAGGCUUCCACAUCGAAGGCGCCGGAUUGAAUGACAUUAACUUCAACUUUGUGGUGGCAGGAGAUAAGAACAUAUAUGAGGCCCGUGGCUGGGAUCACAGCUGCCAAUCCUUCAAAGACAAGUCGGAUAUCGAUGAAGUGGUGAUAGCUUUUGUAGGCCCACCAAGUGAUAAUAAGAAACUGGCUCUGGAUCUGAUAAAACAGGGCAUUAAACUGGGUCACAUAAGCAAGGAUCACCUUCUAAUCGACGAUACAGAAACAUGAAUCGGGAAACAGGGUGGGAUCAAGGACUUCAUGUGCCAUCCCUGUGCCAUUUCUCAAAGUGAUACUAGUUUAAGAAACAACACAAGAACUCAUAUCGAAUAGGUUACAAUCUCCUUUGUAUUUAUAUAGAAAUAAAACAGAUUUUUAUUAAA